AUGGGUGAGGCAGAACCAACCCCAGUGCAGGUAUAUAACUGUCCUUUUCGAUUACCGCCAGAGUUAGAAUUGACAACAGGAAACGUCUCAGAAAAUUUUAAGAAAUGGAAAAGGCAGGUCGAGGUGUAUCUCGCAGCUUCCGGUGGCACGGACAAGGCCAAAGAAGUGCAGGUAGCCAUAAUUCUCGGUUGUGGAGGCCCCCACGUGGUAGAAAUUUAUGACCAAUUCAAGUGGGAAAAUGGUGAUGAUAAGAAUGAUCCUGACAAACUGUUUGAGAAAUUACAAUCCUAUUGUAACCCCAGAUCAAAUGAAGUACUUGAAUCUCACAGAUUUUGGAAGCUCCCAUACCAAGAUCCAUUUGAUAGUUUUCUCACAGAUCUGAAGACACGUGCUGCAUCAUGUAACUUUAAGGAACCAGACAGAAUGAUGAGAGACAAAAUAGUGUUCACGGUUACUGGCAAGUUACAGGAACUUCUACUCAGAGAGGACAAACUUACACUGGAAAGAACAAUCCAAGUAUGUAGGGCGUAUGAACAAUCAAACGGACAAGUAAAGGAGCUACGUGAAACAACUCUAAAAGUGAACAAGAUACAGAAAUCUAAUGACAAGUACAUGCAUGGUAAACAGAAAACAGAGAAAAAGAAGGAAAUUCCAAAGACUAAACAAACUCAAUAUAAGAAAAAAGACUGUGAAUUCUGUGGGUACAAGCACGAACCAGGUAAACAGAAAUGUCCAGCAUGGGGAAAAUGUUGUGAACAGUGUGGUGGAAGGAAUCACUUCAAAGCAAAGUGUAAGAAGAUACACUCAGUUAGUCAAGAACAAGAAUUCAAUGAGGACCAGUGGUUGAAAGCUGUUAGUUUUGGUGGCAAGGAAGUAACUGCAAUCAUGCGAAUUAAUGAUUGUGACAUUAGAUUUCAACUUGAUAGUGCCGCAGAUGUUAAUACAAUUUCUCAGUCCUAUGUCCGCAAGGAACAAUGCAAGCCUACCAAAACCUUGUUGAACAUGUGGAAUAGGACAAAUAUGAAGCCACUUGGUGAGGCAGAUCUGACAGUUAUCAAUCCACGUACAAAUGAGAAACUCCAACUCAGAUUCAUUGUUGUUCCAAAUCAGUACACAUGUUUACUUGGACUUGAAGCUGUGCAGAAAUUGAAGUUGAUUACUAUAAAUGAUGAGAGAUUCAUAGCCAGUGUGUCAAGCAGCGACCUAGGCGAUCUGGGAACAGCACAUCUACAUGUCGACCCAAAUGUGAAACCCAAAGCUCUUCCCUGCAGGAAGAUCCCUAUCGCACUCCAGAGUUUGGUACGAGAGGAACUUCAAAAACUUGAAGAUAGAGGAGUACUAAUUCCGAUAACAGAACCUACUCCUUGGGUCAGCCAGAUGGCUAUUGCUCGUAAAGCCAACGGAAAACUAAGAUUGUGUAUUGACCCACAAGCACUUAACACAGCCUUGAUGAGAGAACAUUAUCGCCUGCCUGUUCUCGAUGACAUUCUACCGCAGCUCAGUAAGGCAAGAACCUUCACAAAACUUGACGUGAAAGAGGCUUUUUGGCAUGUAAAGUUGGACGAGGAAUCCAGCAGACUAACGACAAUGAUAACACCUUUUGGAAGGUAUAGAUGGGGAAGACUACCUUUCGGACUAAAGGUAUGA